AUGAUCUUUAAUUAAUAAUCAAUUCCAUUUAUUUACAAGGUGGAAUAAAAAAUAGUUUUAGUAUUAAUAACCAGGAGGAGGAUGUAAGCUUAUAAUUUUAAAGUAGAUUUAAAAUUUCUUUCAACUGUAGAGAAAUAAUACUGCCUUCAAAUAAAGAGGCUCCAUCUAAAUAAUAAAAGAUCUUCAUAAUAAUUUAUUUUGAAAUGGUAAAAAUUAUAUAUAAAUAUUUAGCACUAGCCUCCUUAUUUUAAAGUAGAAGAAUUUUAUUAAUUGAAUCUUUUUCAAUUUAAAUUGUGGUGA